AAAAUGUUCCAGUCUGGGUGAAGUUCUCAGAAUCGGGAACAUCAUCACUGUAAUGUCUUAAAAUGAAGUAUUAUUGUGUAUAAUGGAGAAUGCACUAUGCCUUCAGACACAACUGCAGUUGUUUUAUUGUCUCCCAAAGAUGCUGGAUGAAAAUCAUUAUUUAAUACAAUGUAUAAUGGAUUACCAAAGCAAAGGGAAGACGGCUGAAUGCACACAGUAUCAGCAGGUCCUGCACAGAAACCUGGUUUACUUGGCCACAAUAGCAGAUUCAAAUCAGAACAUGCAGUCACUACUUCCUGCGCCUCCCACUCCCAGUAUGUCCAUUGGUCCUGGAGGGAUGGGUCAGAGUGGGGGACACGCUCAAAGCAACCUCAACGACACCAUGGCACCAGGAUUGGCCCCCACAUCGAUGAUGCAGAGCCAGAUGAGCAAUGGCCCAGGCCAUGCCCCCAUGCAGCAGCAGUCUGGUCAGACGCAGUCGGCCCUUCCCUCGACAUCCCUCAGCCUGCCAGCCAGCAGUUACGGUGGCUCGGCCUCCGGCUACAGCCAUGCUGCCCCUUCCUCCCAGGGCAGCAUGAUUCAGGGCCCUGGUCCUGGUUAUGGCUCUUCCUCUUCCUCCUCCUCCUCCCGCAACAACCUCAACAUGCAGUCCAACCAAGCUCAGGCUGGGGGCCAGCACUAUCAGGGACAGCAGGCCAUGGGCAUGAUGGGUCAGGGCAGUCAAGGAAACAGUUUGAUGAGUCAGAGGCCCAUUGGAUCCUACCGCUCUUCACAGCCAGGAUCUGCACAGCAGUACAUGGGACAAGACGAGUUCUACGGAGAGCAGUAUGGACACACUCAGAGCUCCAGCGAGCCCAUAAACCAGCAGUAUUACCCUGAUGGUCACGGAGAGUUCUCAUAUCAGCAGUCUUCAUAUGGCGAGCAAGGCUACGACAGGUCAUUUGAUGAAUCCUCACAGCACUACUAUGAAGGAGGUAACUCUCAGUACAGCCAACAGCAAGCCCAGUAUCAGCAGAGCUCUGGCCAGCAGCAGCCCUUCAACCAACAGCAGUACUCGUCUCAACAAGGAUACACAGGACAGCCACAGGGAUACGGAUCAGGCCAGGGUGGAUCCUCCCAGUAUGCUCAGUAUCAACAGGGUCAAAGCCAACAGUAUGGUUCCUAUCGCUCGUCCCAGGGUGGCCCUGGUGCACAGACGCAGAGGCCCUACGCCUAUGAACAGGGUCAGUAUGGAAAUUAUCAGCAAUAAAAGCAGCACAUAGUUUCCCCGCUGGAAGAAAAGAUGAGACGCGCUGUGGAUUAGAAGACCUGCCUGCAUCAGAUUCAUCAUCCUUUCAUUACGGCAUUGAUUUUCAUUUUUAUAGAGUAAGAAAAAUUGCUUUUUUAUCAAGUAGCGUAUAGAAACAAGGCUAAGGUUAAUGUCGACUUUUCAUAUGGAGGAAUUUAAGAACUUAAAAGGAGCAGUUACGUCAUUAGAUUAACCUCAGCAUCCAGCCUAUGUCCUUAUCUUCUUUCUGUCUCUUUGCCUUUCACUUGUCUCUGUUCGCUCAUCUUUAUCUCAUCCUCUGCUUUUAUUUCACUUAAGAAGCCUUUUUUUCUUUUUGUUCUUUUUUGGUGCACAGAGACAUGAGUCUGUGGUUUGAGAGACUGUGGCUAUAAAAAGCAAACUGGCCUUGAGCGAAAUGCUCCUUAAUAUAUAUCUAAUAGACUCGGUCCAGAUUUGCUUUGACUCCUGUCGACUCACUUUUAUAUCUCAAGCUGAUGGAAAUGAAUUCUAUGAAGGUGAAAACCUGAUUUGAUCAGGGUGGUUUGUCUGUGUUAGUUGAACUGUGACGUGUUGCUGUGUGAUCUAACAUUACGUGUUUUCACUCUACAUAUGUCUACAUGGUUGACAGCUGACUGAUCAAGACUCAAGUGUGUUUAUCAUUGUCCCUGAUGAUCAGACGCUGUGGUUGUAUUUAUGACUCUUAUAUAUGAGCUCAGAGGUGUUAUACUAAAAUUCAAUAAGGAUUUUACAUUACAUUACCACUUUGUCUCGCACUUUAAUUUAUAGUGACAGUAUGUGUAUUAUUUGAUAUUUCAUAUUCUAGUGCAAUUCAGCCUGUUUUAUUUUAUUUCUUUUUUUUUUAAACGAAUGAUCCUCAAAAAGCCAAAGUAACACAGGAACAGAACAGUAACAUGUCCUGCACCUCCGCUUCAAAAAGUGCAAUACACUCAGUCAGUCAUGUUGAGGUUGGCUCUUAUAAACUUUCACUUUAUGUUUGUAAUGUCUUGUCUUAUAAUCAUGACAGUGACUAUGUUUAUUUCAUGUGAUGGAAUGUGUUUUUGAAGCAUCAUAUUUAAGAAAUGUAUUUAAGUUAUUUAUGUGUCUUCUGAACAGAACAAAACUCUUCCCUUCAGCUUUUUGUCAGUUAAAACUUUAGCGAUCAUCUGUAAUGUAUUAGAUGAAGGAAGUAAUGCUAAAAAUUGGACAGAGGGGUAUAUGAGGUUAGUUUUUAUUUUUUAGAUGGUGUACAAGCACACUUGCCUUAUUUUACAUAUGUAUUUAUUUUAUCAUCUGUCUGUCCAUCAUUCUGUGAUUUAAUAAAUAGGCAUAUAUUGUGAUGUAUUGAUUUAAAAGAAAUCAGACACGCAUCUGGUCACUUUAACUGUUUCCUCCAGUUAAAUCAGUAAAAUUGAUUAUAAAGGAUUAUUUGUGUGAGUUCAGCUUUGCAGUAUAUCCUGUAGUAACUCUGCGUACCUCAGUGGGGAAUGAACACAACAGAUGCAGUCAGUUUGCAGGGUUAAUCGAGAAUGAGAGAUACCUGGCUGUCAAACAGCUGAAUAACAAUGUACAACUCAAAAGUGACAAUCACAGGCUUCUCUGUACUACAAUGAAUCUGUGUCAGUGUUUCAUUUUACUGUGACCUGAACAUGUACAAUAUGACAAGUAUUUUCCUGUUCUCUGUCGUGUGUUAUCACUGAUGUGGCUUGUAUGCCUAUGUUUGUGUGUGUGUGUCUGUGUUUGCAUGUGUGGUAAAGAGAGAGAGAGAGCGACAGAGAGAGUGAUAGAGAGUAAGCAGGAGGAAGCCAAGUUUGGUGUGUAUAAUCCAAAUAUGAAUCUUAUCUACUUCUCUAUUCUAAGAUUGCUUUGCCUGAUCUUUUCUGCUGUCUUUUGUUACUGUUUGUUAUA